UCCCUCUCGCACCGUCGCCUUCCACUUUCCCCUCUCCUCUCCGCCGCCGCCGACGCCGCGACCGAGCCCCUCCGACGCCGAUGGCCGCCAGCCGCUGGGUCCGACCGGAGGUGUACCCGCUGUUCGCGGCGAUGGGCGUGGCCGUCGCCAUCUGCGGGAUGCAGCUCUUCCGCAACAUCACCGGCAACCCCGAAGUCAGGGUUAACAAGGUAGGGAGGGCUGCUGGAGUGCUCGAGAACCACGAGGAAGGGAGGCGUUACGCAGAGCAUGGGCUAAGAAACUUUGUGCGUGACAAGACCCCUGAGAUCAUGCCAACUAUUAACAAGUUCUUCACUGAGCCAAAGUGAAGGAUUUUAGCUGGCUGCUGAUUGCUCUGCUAUUAGUUACUCUUGCGGAUUGAUGGAUUGUACUCAUUUCAAGCAUUACAUAUGUUGUCUCAUCCAUAAAUCGGAGGACAUCAAAUGCCUCUUGUUGGGAGUACCAUAUGUGUUUGUGGUCGGUGACUUGACAGAUGUUCCAAUGCUAUUCGUUGAUGAUUGAUGAGUGUUACCUCUACAUUGGUUGUUUGAUUGUCUA